AUGGGCGUGCCCGUGUCGCUUGCCCGGCAGGCUGCCCUGGUAAACGCCACCGGCGACUCGGGCAGCGUCGAGCUAGCGGUGCCGCUCGGGCGCCCCGGCGAGGCCAGCCUCGCGCAGUGCGUGGCCGGGCGGUGUGAUUCGAUGGCCGCCCCGGCGCUGCGUCUGGAGGGCCUGCUGGCGGGCCUGGGCCUGGUGCACUGCCUGAAGCUCAACAUCAUGGGCUACGAGCUCAUGGCGCUCCUGGGCGCGGGCGCGUCGCUGCGGCCGCAGUCCGUGUGCAUGGUGCUGCUGGAGGAGCCGCG